AUGCCUCCCAAAAAGGCUUGCCGCUUCUUCGCCACGCCAGCAGGCUGUCACUACGGGAAGAGGUGCAAAUUCGCACACAGUAAUAGAGCGGAGGUCCAUAACAACAGCACGCCUCAAGGUAGAUCCAAUCUUCAAGGUCCUAGGCGUGAAUCCGCGCCUCGUGUCGGCUCAACCUCCGAAGCCGAGCUCCGUACUUGGAGGUUCCAGAUCCCUAAAGAUGGCGAAUACGCUCUUCCUCUCGGUCCGGAACUCUCGCGAUUCUUCCAAAAGGCUGCUGAGCUUGUCGCAAGCGAGCCGGAGACCCGUCAAGCCGUGGUCUCGCGGCUGGCAUCGGCUGGCGGCUUAGUGCGCAUCAGAGAGCUCAUCGACAGAGACAUGGAGGUCGAUCCUAUGCCGCGGAAGACAAGAAAGUUCAAGAGCCAGUACAUUCCUUUUUUCCAAACGAUUUCCCAUCCCGAUGUCCUAGCAUCUAUAGUGUUAGAGCAGUCGGUCGGCAGCAUCUACAACUUCCUCUACGGUGUAGCUGGUCAAAGGUUCAUCAAGCUAGCUUCUUUCACCGAAGAAAUGCUUACAGCUCUUGUCGGUACUAUUGAAACAAAUGACUCGCAACCGCUCCCGGAUAUUUUCGACGUUGUCCUUCUGGUGUUUUCCAAAGUUGUCGAAUUGAACGGUGGCGCUAAGAUCCACCUGGAGAUUCCGCCAAUAAUCGACGCUCUUCGCGCUACGCUUGAACAAGCUGUCGCGUCUUAUGAUGAGACGUCUUUACAGCAAGCACAGUAUCACCUAUCCAAAAUCCAGCGGCGUCUUGGAAUCGGCAGCGCUAUUCCUGCACUUGAAUCGAAACCCGAAGCAUCAACUACCAAAGCCUCGUUCACCCUCUCUCGCGACCUUCCCGGCUCCCUCUCACGCCUAGGUCGUCGACACGACAAUGACUAUGAAGACAUUCAAGAUAUUAGAAUUUUGCCAACACUACAGGAGAUCAUGUCGCAAAGAAUUGAGUACCUGCCGACUAAAGACUCAUCAGACUGGCACCAACCUGGCGUUCAAGGCCUAUUGGAUAGGAACUUCCGACUUCUCCGUGAGGACACCAUUGGGCAGCUGCGCGACGCCAUACAUACCGAGUUUAUGAGGAUGCAACAGCAAAACAAUCACAUAAAAACUCGGACAACCAAACAACAGGGUCUUAGGACUUACACGUAUAGAGACGUGAAUGUCGUCAAUCUCUCGGUGGACAGGCGAGACGGCCUUCAGUGCGAACUUGGCUUCGGGCAGCUGCAGCAACUCCGAGGGGCGACUGCUCGUGCAAGGCAGGAGUGGUGGACAAACUCUCGCCGCCUCCAACCAGAUGCUCUCAUCUGCCUCCUCCAUCAAGACGGUCUUUCCUUGUUUUGCUCAGUCUGCGAUACAACCGAAAGGCUAAAGAAGAAUGAGGAAAAACCCGACAAUUCCAGUGCAACGCGCAAAGAGCCAACCAACCUCUAUUCACAUCCUGACGCUGCCUAUCUUACGGUACGACUUGUUGAGCACAGCGAUGAGUCGAUCCGUGCUCUUCUUCGGAGAUGUCCCGGCCGGGAUUCAAUGCUACUAAUCGAAUUCCCGGGCGUGCUACUUCCUGCCUUCGAGCCGACUCUUCAAGCUCUAAAGCAAAUGUCGAAGACGGAGGAUAUCCCGUUUUCCGAGUUUCUUGCGCCAACGAAUGGAACUCCGGGUGGGAUUACACCCGUACUCCCUCCGGUGUAUUCCAGAAAGCCAUAUUUCCGAUGUAAUUUGAAAGCGAUCACGAAAGACAACAGAAAUCUCUACCUAUCGACCGAUGGCACCAGACUUGAUGCUCAAGUUCUUCAAGAGAACUCGUCAUUGGAUGAAGCACAGUGCCGCGCCGUCAUUGACUCCCUCACAAGGAGCUUGGCGCUCAUUCAAGGUCCACCGGGCACGGGAAAAAGCUAUACUGGUAUCGCCCUUAUCAAGAUCUUACUCGACAACAGAAAGGCUUCUGACAUUGGACCCAUCUUGUGUGUCUGUUACACCAAUCAUGCUCUUGAUCAGCUGCUUGAACACCUUGUCGACAGUGGUGUUGAACAGAUUAUCCGCGUAGGCUCCCGAUCCAAAUCUGAAGCUCUCCAGGCACUCAACCUCCGUGUUAUCGCCAGGAAAAUGGAGAGCACGAAAACGGAAAAGCAUUUGGCCUGGGAAUACCGCACCGCAUUGGAAAAAGAUGAGCAGGAAAUUCAAGGACUUACCGCCGAAUAUCUCAAAGCAGAGUCUUGGAAAUCAGUCAGAGAAUACCUCAAGACUCAUUAUCCUCGUCAUCACAACCAACUUUUCGGUGUUGAAGAUUAUAUGGAAGCUGACGGUUAUCAAACCGUGAAACACCAUCCUGAAACUACCAUUCACAAAUGGCUCCACCAACCAUUCAGCAAUCGGGGCCAGCAGCCGAGGGCACUUGAGGUUUUGCAGGAGAGCCCCGUACACGGAAUGACAUCCCCAGAACGUGAGAUGCUGUAUCGUUCUUGGACGAGACAGAUCCGGGGCAAGCUUAGCAGGAACAUUGUUACUGCUUUGUCUGAGUACGAGUCGAACAAGAAUUCGUAUGCGCGGAACAGGAUGGAAAUGGACCUCCGCUGUCUGCAGCAAGCUCAAGUCAUCGGGAUCACAACGAGUGGGCUUGCGAGAAAUCUCGAGCUUCUCCGGCGUGUCCGAACGAAAGUAAUGCUCUGUGAAGAAGCUGGAGAAGUACUUGAAGCCCAUACGCUUACUGCAUUGCUGCCAUCAGUUGAGCAUGCGAUCCUCAUCGGAGAUCACCUUCAGCUUCGUCCACAAAUCCAGCGAUAUGAUCUCGGGAGGGAACAUCCAUCAGGAGAGCAGUUCUCUCUGGACGUAUCUCUUUUCGAGCGAUUAGUGCAACCUAACGAUACAGAGGCGAUCAAGCUGCCGUUCACCACGCUCGAGACGCAACGGCGGAUGCAUCCCUCCAUCUCGCAACUGAUCCGCGACACACUCUACCCUGCGCUAAAUGAUGCUCCUUCAACGAGUUCAUACCCACACGUUCCCGGAAUGAAGGAAAGGUUGUUUUGGUUCGACCACACAGAGCCUGAGGCAAAUGCGGACGAAGAUCAAGCCGCGAUUGCGACUAGUCAUACAAAUGAUUUCGAGAUAGAGAUGACUACGGCGCUAGUUUCUCACUUGAUGAGGCAAGGCGUUUAUCGAGCGAAUGACAUUGCUGUCAUCACUCCUUACUUGGGACAACUACAAAAGCUACGAAAGAGAUUGGGAAGAAUGUGCGAACUUGUCCUCAACGAUCGCGACUUGGAUGAACUCGAGCAGGCGGGCUUAGUGCCGGAAGAAUCAUCUCAGGUCAGUAAGGCGUCGGCCUUGACGGCACUGAAAGUAGCGACCAUCGACAACUUCCAAGGCGAGGAGGCAAAAGUCGUUAUCAUCUCGCUUGUCAGGUCCAACAAGCGAAACAAAUGUGGCUUUCUCAAGACUUCCAACAGAAUCAACGUUUUGCUCUCCCGAGCCCAGCAUGGAAUGUACGUCAUUGGGAAUUCACAAACUGCCGGCGGAGUCCAGAUGUGGGCUGAUGUACUCGACAUUCUCCGGGAAGGAAGCCAAAUUGGAAACCAACUCGAACUCUGCUGCCCGCGUCACCGCGAUAAGCCCAUUAUCGUAUGCUCGCCCGAUGAUUUUCCCUUACUGUCUCCCGAAGGCGGUUGCAAUCAGGCUUGUGACAAGAGACUACGUUGUGGUCAUGCUUGCAUCAACAAAUGUCAUUCCGACAUGCUACACGACGCGGUGGAGUGUCUGGAGCCCUGCCCAAGGCCGAUAAAGGGAUGCGAUCACUCAUGUCCUCGUACCUGUGGACGGUCUUGUCCCGAGAAAUGUACAGUCAACGUCCACGACUCAACCAGGACAUUGGCUUGUGGCCACUUGAAGCCCGAUCUUCCAUGCUGGCAAGCUCAGAAUCUCUCUUCAGUUACCUGCCAGGUCAUAGUCACCCGAGACAUACCGGGCUGCGGACACAAGUUACGGCUUCCUUGCUACAUCAACUACACUACUGACGAAUUCAAAUGCUCCGCAUCUUGCGGCGCAGUCCUGCCGUGUGGACACACAUGUAAGCACUCCUGCAGUUCUUGCAAAACUAGAGUCAACGGGGCAAUAGACACGGAAAACCAUGGAAUUUGCAAACAGGUGUGUGGCAGAAACUACACCACUUGCCGUCAUAGCUGCAGAACACCUUGCCACGGCGACAAGCCUUGUCCACUCUGCGAUGCACCUUGCGAGGUUCAAUGCAGUCAUUCGAGAUGCAGCAAGAAAUGUCGCGAGCCAUGCGACCCAUGCGCUGAAGCUGUUUGUUCUUCGAACUGUCCUCAUAGCAAAUGCAGCCUUCCAUGUGCGGCACCUUGCGACUGGCUGCCUUGUUCGAGGAGAUGCGAAAAGAUUCUAAGCUGUGGACAUCGAUGCCCUUCCCUUUGCGGAGAAAAGUGCCCGGGCGCAGAAUACUGCCAGAACUGCGCCACCGAAGACAUCAAGGACCAACAAGUCGACUACAUCAUGAUGUUAAAAUACAGAGAGAUAGACCUGGACGAAGACCCCUGCAUCUUCCCGAGUUGCGGACACAUCAUGACUGUAGCCAACAUGGAUGGUCACAUGGACAUGAACGCGCAUUACCACACAUCUCCCGACGGAACACUUUCUGGAGUCAAGCCUGUCGAGCAUUUUUCGAAGAACGAGGCGAUCAAAGUGUGUCCGACAUGCCGAGGCCCUCUUCGAAACGUUGCUAGAUAUGGACGCAUCGUCCGGCGGGCACUCCUCGAUGAGUCCAUGAAGAAGUUCAUCGUCUGGUCCAACGACGAAUACCUUGCACUUUACCAACGCUUCCAGGAUGCUCAUGAGUACUUGGUCAAUACCGCCGAAAAUGUGAGCCCUGCACCAAGUGCCCCUGUCAAAUUAUCCAUCUCCGGCAGUGCAGCCCACCAGUGCAUUUUGAUCAGACAGACUGCCGGUGAGAUGCUACUAUCGGGUCGGUACCAGAACAUCCUGAGUCUGCGAAAUCAGAUCCAGAGGUAUGUCUACAAGGUCCGGAAAGAGGAGCAGCCCUUCAAGAAAGUUUGGGACUUGUGCGAAGACGCACGUCGGCGACGGAACGCAACGGGAUCCUUUCACUUCGACAACGAGGUUCUCCAGACGAGGGCAUACUUGAUGGCAUCGGCCCUCCUCAUCCGUUGCGACAUCGGUAUAUUGACUGAUGUCGUCGCCGUUUGGAAGGACAAGGUCCCUCGCGAACUACGCGCAGAUGCGGAGCUCGACUUCUCAAAGAACCACAAAGUUUGUACGGGGUUACUGAACGAAGCAGAGAAGAUGCAGAAUCCCCUUCAGGUUGUCGAAGCCCACGUCUUCAUCGCGCAAUAUAAUGCCAUUGAGCGAUUGAGCGCGCCCGCCGAAACCGCAGAGACGUUGCGCCAACAAGGUAUGGAGCACAUCUCAACAGCCAAGCGUCUCUGCGAGCAGCAUCCUGGCUCAACCAAGGGCAUGGCCAACGAGACCACGACAGUGGAGAAAAUGCUCAAGGAAUCGACGUUCUUCAGCGUGGUGACCUCGGAGGAGCGUAGAGCUGUGCUUGCGGCCAUGGCUACCGAGUUCCGCGGCACCGGACAUUGGUACUACUGUCAGAACGGACAUCCCUUCACCGUGGGCGAGUGCGGCAUGCCGAUGGAGCAGACGCGUUGCCCGCAGUGUGGUGCGCUUGCGGGUGGAAACCACCAUCAACCAGCUGAGGGUGUUCGUCACGCAACUGAUUUGGAGGAAGAGCUGCGGAACUUGCGGAUGUAGGGGUUCGUAGCAGGGUUCGUUUCCGAGGGGUAGUGGCUGCGGUU